AUGGCGGUCUCUGAAGCUCAUCGGCUCUCUGCCGACCACGAUAUCGAGAAGCACUCUGCACCGGUCCACGCCGAAGACGUCCACGGUCCCACGGGUGACGUUGAGAAUGAUGUUGUCACACCGCCGGGAUACUUUCGAAGCAAGUUCUUCUUAGGGACGAUGGCUGGAAUUGGCCUAGGAUUGAUGGCUGGUAGUCCAAAUGUGGUCUGGGUUGCACUCAGCUAUACCCUGACGAGCGCCGUAACCCUGACGAUCAUCGGACGUGUGAGCGACAUUUUCGGCCGGCGAUGGGUCUUUGUUGGCGGUGCUGCUCUCGGCAUCAUUGGGAGCAUUGUUUGUGCCACGGCACAGGACGUCAACACACUCAUCGGCGGUACAACAAUCAUUGGCAUCGCGGCUGCCACACAGCUUUCGUACUUCUACGUGAUGGGAGAGCUUGUGCCCAUGAAGUACCGCCUGGCUGGCAACGCCUUCUGCUACCUCUUUUGCAUUCCCGGGUCGGGAGUGGCUCCCCGCUUCGACUACCUCGGCACGACCCUGUAUACGGGCGGUCUGCUGAUCCUGGUCAUGGGCUUGAACUGGGGAGGAUCUGUCUACCCCUGGGCCUCGAGCUACGUCAUCGCCACCAUUGUCGUCGGUCUGGUCACGCUCGUCCUCUUUGUCCUGUGGGAGACCUUUGCCAAGCUCAAAGAGCCGCUCGUGCCGAUGAACUUGUUCUCCAACUACAGCUGGAACGCCUCCGUGAUCCUCACCGGCCUCGGCGCGAGCUCCUACUACGCGUUCGCCAUCGUGUGGCCCUCGAUGGUGGGCGUGCUGUACGCCGGCGACGACGUCAUGGGCGGCGCCUGGCUCUCGUCGUUUGUCGGUCUGUUCGUCACCCUCGGCCAGAUCGCUGGCGGUUUCCUCGGCAAGAAGAUCGGACACCUCAAGUGGCAGGCGGUCGUCACCAUGACGCUCGGCGCCGUCUUCUUCGGCAGCGUGGCGACCUGCGGGCCCGACACGAGGGCGCGGGCCGCGUCGCUGGUCGCCGUGGGCAUCUUCUUCGUCGGCUGGACCGAGGGCCUGGCCAUCACCAUAGUCACCCUCACGGCGCCGAACCAGCACGAGCUCGGCACCAGCGCGGGCGUCGCGGGCUCCAUCCGGUUCCUGAUCUCGAGCAUCGCGUCGACCGUCUACAACGUGGUGCUGUCGAACCGCCUCGCCCAGACCAUCCCCGCGUAUGUGCCCGCCGCCGUGACAGCUGCGGGCCUGCCCGCGGGCAGUGUGACGGGGUUCAUCACGGUACUGACCGGUGGUGGUGGGACUGGGGACUUUGGCAGUGUCCCCGGGGCGAGCGCGGGCGUCAUCGCCGCAGGCGUAAGGGCGUACAAGGAGGCAAACGCGGAUGCCUACCGGGCUGUGUUCUUCACCAAUAUCGGCUUCUCCUGCAUUGCUAUCGUGUGCUGCUUGCUGUUGCCAGAGGUUGACCAUCUCAUGACGGGCCUUGUCGCGACAAAGCUGCAUGAACGUGCCGAGGAGAAUGGGAAGCUUGCUCGGUGA